AUUUGCAUAUAACAUUACAAAAAUGGCCACUCAGCCGCACAGCAAGAAGAGAGUUUGCUAUUAUUACGACGGUGACAUUGGCAACUACUACUAUGGACAAGGGCAUCCCAUGAAACCUCACAGAAUGCGAAUGACUCACAAUCUUCUGCUUAACUAUGGGCUUUACAGAAAGAUGGAGAUUUAUCGCCCUCACAAAGCCACCCAGGAAGAAAUGACCAAGUUCCACAGUGAUGACUAUAUUAAAUUUCUGAGAAGUAUUCGUCCAGACAACAUGUCAGAGUACAACAAACAGAUGCAGAGAUUCAAUGUCGGUGAAGAUUGUCCAGUGUUUGAUGGUCUCUAUGAGUUUUGCCAGCUCUCAACAGGGGGCUCUGUAGCUGGAGCAGUGAAGCUGAACAAACAAGCGACUGACAUAGCAGUGAACUGGGGAGGAGGUCUUCAUCACGCCAAGAAGUCUGAGGCUUCUGGAUUCUGUUACGUCAAUGACAUUGUACUUGCAAUACUAGAACUACUCAAAUAUCACCAAAGAGUAUUGUACGUGGACAUUGACAUUCACCAUGGAGAUGGUGUUGAGGAGGCAUUCUACACCACAGACAGAGUGAUGACUGUCUCCUUCCACAAGUAUGGAGAAUACUUUCCAGGGACCGGAGAUCUCAGAGACAUUGGUGCUGGCAAGGGAAAGUACUAUGCUGUUAAUUUUCCUCUGAGAGAUGGCAUUGAUGAUGAGUCUUACUGCAAGAUAUUUGAGCCGGUGAUGACCAAGGUAAUGGAAUGCUACCAGCCCAGUGCAAUUGUGCUACAGUGUGGUGCUGAUUCCCUCUCUGGAGAUAGGCUGGGAUGUUUCAACCUCACUCUCAAAGGUCAUGGUAAAUGUGUGGACUUCCUGAAGAAGUACAACCUGCCCCUGCUGCUCCUGGGAGGUGGAGGCUAUACAAUCAGAAAUGUUGCCAGAUGCUGGACAUAUGAAACUUCCAUCGCACUUGGACAUGAUGUGGCUAAUGAACUUCCAUACAAUGACUACUUUGAGUAUUAUGGCCCAGACUUCAAGCUUCACAUCAGUCCAUCCAACAUGGCAAAUCAAAAUACUCCUGAAUACUUGGACAAAAUUUGCACAAGACUGUUUGAAAAUUUGAGGAUGCUGCCCCAUGUCCCAGGAGUCCAGAUGACAGACAUCCCAGAAGAUGCUUUAAAUGAUGAAGAGGAAGAUGAAGACAAAGAAAACCCAGACCACAGGAUAUCAAUCCGUGCUAGCGACAAGCGUAUCACAUGUGAAGAAGAGUUUUCUGACAGUGAAGAUGAGGGAGAAGGAGGUCGCAGAGACAGAGUCAGUCACAAACGUAAGAGACCUAAGAUGGAUGAAGGGGAGAAGAAAGACGAAGAAAAGGGUGAAGAGAAAAAGGAUGCAGUUAAGACUGAGCCAGCAGAGAACAAAGAAGAAAAAGAAGCAAGCAAGGAGGAUAAACCAGCAGAACAGGAGACAAAGGAAAUCCCAGCAGUAAAGAAAGAAGAAGAGUCGAGCUCCAAACAGGACAGCACAGCUGACAGUAAGGAGGCAGACCAAGCACCUGAUGAAAGAACAGAGGAAAAGAUGGAUGUCUGAACAAUUAUCAGGAUGGUCCAUAAAGACUUGAUGGUCACAAAUAACUGUAGCAUGUGUGGUUAGAAGUGACUUGGAGCAAGAAUUGUGUUACACUUUCAAAGAUAUAUUUUGUUGUACAUAACAGACUUUACUUAAGAUUUACUUUGUGACAUUGCUAUGUACUGUAGUACCGUUAGUUGUGAGAUAAGAAUUUAAGCUAGAUUUAUACAGGGGAUAUUGUUUUAUAUAAUGUGCACAAUAUGUUUGGCAUUGACUGAAGUAACAAAAUUAUUUUGAAGAGACUGGUCUAUUUAGAUUAUGAAACCAUCAUGGAUUUUAAUUGAAUACUGCUACAUGGAAGGGAAUCUGUCUAGUAGACCCAUUUUUUGUACAGUAAAUGUUUUGAGGGGAGCAGCAAAUGAAAAAUAAAAACUCCACUUAAGUAA